UCAAAAUCUGCCAUCACUGAACGAGCUUCAAAAAGUAAAAAAUAAAUAUUAGUGGAUUUGUUUGCAACUAAUAUAAUACUUGUGUUGGAAAAGAAAAUUGUUAUAUGUGAAAUAGAAAACACAUUAUAUAUAAGACGAUAUGCAAACAGACGAAGGAGAUAUAUCUUCAUCUCUCAUGACGACGGAAUAUGUUGAUCUCUCGGACUAUUGCCGCUUAUGUUUGCAACUACCAGAUGAGACUCAGGUACUGAAUCUAGAACUCAUUUACGAUGAAGAGGAGCAACUGACCUACUACGAUUGUUUCGUUAUAUGCACACAAAUUGAUUUGCGCGCUGAUGGAAUUAAUAAGCCACAACAACUGUGCAAAUCCUGUGGCUUGGAGUUACAGGUUGCAUAUGACUUCCACAAAAAGGUAGAAGAGUCGAAAAAGUUUCUAAUGCAAAUAGAUAAGACACAAAACCUUAAAGAACAAGCAUUAGAAACAAAAUUAGGUGCAGAAGAAAUACCACUUGAGCAGGAAAUAGUAGAGGGGGUGCCACAGUCGACAACGGAAAAAAUCGAUAAUGAUAUUGCAACUGCAGAAGGGGAUGCCACAGAACAUCUGGACGUGCCUGUAGAUUACGAAGAGCUUGAAGAACACAUAGAUAUCGAAGAAUAUCAGUCAGUUGAAGAGCUGGCGGAUGAAGAACAAAUGGAAUAUAUAAUAAUUAAAGAAGCCCACUCGGAGUCUCAAGAUAUAAUCCUACCUGAACUAAUAACUGAUGAGACUUCGAGCAUUUUUACCGACUCAAACCUCAAUCAUCAGUCACAUCAGACAGAAGACGUCAAAGUUCCUGUCCAGUAUAGUUUAACGAAUACUUCUGACUCCAUGAAACCCAACAAAUACCUGAAAUCGCCAAAUGCGGUUUACGACAGUCAAAUAGCUAAUAUUGAGCUUGCGGAAAUUCAAAGUCUACCAACAAAAAUAAUACACACCAAACGGGAAAAACGUAUUUGUUGUGCUUAUUGUUCAAAGACAUUUCCUAGCCAAAGUAAAAUGUUAUGGCAUCAGCGUAUGCAUGAACCAGAUCGUCCGCGCUUUUCCUGCCCAUCUGAAGGGUGUGAUCGUACAUAUAUAUCACGCCAGUCCUGUGAGCUACACUAUAAGCAGAUGCAUUGUUCACGUGAUGAAUUCCAGCCACUUGAAUGUAUGUUGUGCCAUAAAAAAUUUGCCAUUCCACAGACACUUGAGGUGCAUAUGCGUUAUCAUACGCGACAAUUUCCCUUCGGAUGCUCACAAUGUGAGCGGAGAUUCGCUCAAAAGGGUCAUCUCACAUCGCAUAUGCAAGUUAAACAUAAUAAUUUACGUUACAUUUGUCCGGAAGAGGGGUGUGGUAAGGUUUUCAAAAAUACAAUAUCGUUAAGGAAUCAUAGCUUUUCACAUACGGGUAUGCCGUUUAGGUGCACCUACUGCAAUCGUGGUUAUCCGCAGAAGUCAAAGCUUAAAGUUCAUUUAAAAGUGAAACACGAGAUUGUUAUGACACUGGAAGAAAUGGAAUCGAUGCGCAAAUUAAAAAGCACUCGUACCCGUCAUUCCUUCGUGAAAUUGGAUUCGGCACAAAGCAUUGAAGAGGUGGAAUCGGAAAUUGUAAAAGAAUGCUUAGAUAGCGGAUCCAUGAAUGAACACUUUGUAGAUGUUCUAGAAGAAACAACAAGUGACGUUAUUGUUGCUUAAUAAGACUGAUCAAAGCACGUAAAUGCAUCAAUGUACAUGCAUAUAUUUUCACUAAAGAUUGCUAACUAAGCCCAAAUAACCAAUAGUAAAAAAUAGAAUUAAAACUAUUUAUAAAAUAAUUAAUAUGUAUGUUAAGUUGAAUAAACACCAAUCUUAUAUA